CUUCUCCGCGCUCAGUGUCAACAACCUCCUAUCCUGAAGACACGCUCACCACCACUGAGAGACUGGGGAAACGGUUUGAGACCUAGCAUCGUUUAAACCUCCACAGGCAGAAAAGCCAGAAGAGAAAAAUGAAGGCAGGACCUUUUGAAAUGGUCACCAUGCUGCUGGCACCUAUGAUUCUAAUGGACAUCUUCCAGGUACAAGCUGAAAUGUUAGAUAUGGCAGACAAUGCAUUUGAUGACGAAUACCUGAAAUGCACUGACAGGAUGGAACUCAAAUAUGUUCCCCAGCUGCUCAAGGAGGAAAAAGCAAGCCUCCAGCUCUUAGAAGAUGUGUGGGAAAAUGCAGAAGCCAAGUGGGAAGCUCGGAAGACUCAGCUCUCUCUCCCUAUGGGUUUUAAGGAUAACCAUGGAAUAGCCCUGAUGGCAUAUGUUUCUGAAGCUCAAGAGCAAACUUCCUUUUACCAUCUGUUCAAUGAAGCUGGGAAAAUGGCCGGCCAGUCUCGAAAAGAUUAUGUCUAUGGCUUCCAGUUCAAAGCGUUUCAUUUUUACCUGACGAAAGCUCUGCAGUUGCUGAGAAGACCUUGUGAGAGCAGCUACAAAAACGUGGUGUAUAGCGUAAGGCAGACUACUUUAUCUACAUUUGGAGGACUAAACCAAGUCCGAUUUGGCCAUUUCACCUUGGCAUAUUCAACCAAACCUCAAGUUGCUAAUGACCAAGACGUUCUGUUAACCAUCAACACGUGCUUUGGAAUUGCCGUUGAAAAAUUUUUUGAUAAAGACAGUGAAAGAAUUAUUUUAAUACCCGUGAAUGAGGUUUUUCAUGUGACACAGGAUGGGACUGGCAAUAACCUUAUCCUGCAAAGCACAAACAAGACCUGCAGCCAUUAUGAGUGUGCAUUUCUAGGUGGACUAAAAACUGCAAAUUGUGUUGAGAACAUGGAAUAUUUUCAACACAUCAGUGUCUACAACUCUGGUGUGAAAAACCAGAAACUUGAAGACCCUGGAAUGAAAAGCCAGGAGUCCACAGUCUUACCUGGUGUGAAGAGCCAAGAAGCCACCCAAAUACCUGGAAUGAAAACUCCAGAACCUUUUCCACUACCUGAAGACAAAAGUCAAGAUAUCGACAGUCCUGCUCCAGGUCCAGUUCCAGGUCCCAAAAUCCAUACCUCCGCAUCAUCUGGCAAAAUGCUCCUUCCACCGUUUGGGACAUUCAUCAUUUUAAUCAGUGUUUCUGCUCUAAAUCUCUGUUGCUCUGUAGUCUGAUACAUUCUUUUUAAUUUUUGGGGGGCGGGGGCGCUGAUUUAUUUAUUUAUUAGACUCGAGUGCUUUAGUACAGAACGGUACAGAGAUGUUUGUGCUUCAAUACUUUCAAACACUGAGAUUCUGAUAAUUUCAAGGUAAACAAGUUUCAAGACAGACUAGCUUUUUGAUACAUUCUUUAUUACUUGAAAUAUGCUACAGGCAUCCCACAGAAAUCAUCAAAAGGAGUGAUGUAUUUUUCACUUGUUGGCCAAAGUCAUUCGAUAAAAUGAGAAUUACAUAUUAAUGUAAUUAACAAAUUCAGGUAGCUGACCCAGAUGUCACAGAAUUCAUUUUUCACUUAUUUCUAUAUUAAUCUUACGAUUGCAAAAAACUGUAUACUUUUGAUUUAAUUCAAUAAGACUUUAAAAUUAUUAGCUAUAAUUUCAGUAGAAUUGCUAGAUAUUAAAAUGUCAGUAAUGCUAAUGGUUAACCUGAAUUUAAUUCCUAAUUAGAAUUUAAAGGUGUUCUACUUAUCUUUAAAGGAUCAAACUUUGACUUCUAUUCAAAUAGUGUAUUCUUUCAGUCUCUUCAUUUUCCUUCUAUAUAUGAACACCUUAUAUUGUUAUAAACACAACAGUUUACCAAGUAUUUCACAUACGUAGUCCCUAACUUGAACCUCAUGUUAACCCAGGAAGGCAGACAGUACUGAAUGAAUAUGUGGGCUCAAUAAGCAAGGAAAAUGAGUACAGUACAGUAGUCUUUUACCCCAGGUAUUGUGGUGGUUGAAAAGUAAUUGAUUUAGGCAUGGGCUUUGGUAACUGACACUUGUUUACACUGCCAGUGUUUCAAAAAAGGACUUAAGGCCACUUUCAGAGAUUCAGAAAAACUACAUGAAAGUUCAACUAGGUGUUUGUUAGGGGUUCAGUGUGCUUUAAUUCUACCAUUUACCUCUCUUCAUGUUCAGAAUUUUGAGUGGACUUACCACAAGAACCAGUUCACAGAACGUCUAUAAAUUGUGCUGGAGAACACAACUUAGUCCAGAGGCCAAGGUUGGUCUUUUCUUCUCGUUUCCACCCAAAUCUAGAACUUGGUUAUCAGUUGCUUGGAACACAACUCAGGUACAGACCAAGUCCAGUUAUCUAACCAGCUACAUGAACAAGGACCACAGGCCUUGCCUUACACAUGUAGUCACCAGCAGGAUCAAAACUUAGGAGGCUAACUGGGCCUGUCUUUAAAAGGCAGACCCCGCGCCCUAUCUAGGGCUUGUGAAAUUAGAAACCUAACAUACGAGAGGACAAAAAAUGAAAGGCUAGAGAAGUAAGCAUGCUAUGCAUGAUUAGCCAUCUGCCCAACAGAGAAUGUGGCUCAGUGAGUAACAGGUCUCAUCUAUUAGAUCACCAGCUCUUCCUACAGUGAGCGGGUGUGCAGAGGGGCAAACUCCUUCCACAUUCGGCUACAUGGAUGAGAAAGAUGAGAGGUGUUAUAAGAAACAGCCCCGUGAACCUUGUUUGUGUCUCCUACACAACUGUUAGCUAGCUAGUCUGCAUCCUGACAGAUUCCUUCAGUGGGAUCUCAGAGGGAGGCCUCUGGAUGUACAGUGCAUCACACUCCUUACUCCUUGCCAUCCUCAUAAUAAACACAGUGGCACGGUUCAUGGGGCUGUUUCUUUUAACACCUCUCAUCAUAAGACAAAGCAUUACGCAGAAAUGCAGAGUUAAAGCAUUCCAAGAGGGGCCAAAAUGAUGCAGCCCAGGUGUGCAGUUUGUAGUCAGAAAAAUUGUUUAAAAUUAUCUAGUUGUUAAAGAAUCACUAUUGCACAUUAUCAUGUCUAAUUCACAUUUUCCAGUGUUUUCAGAUACUAAUGAUGUAUUAGAGAAUUCUUUAUCCUGGAUGAUAUCGGAAGUAAUUUUUAUUUGCUGUACCCUAGUCAAAAUAUAUCAGUACUGAUAUACUUUCCUUAGAGGGUAAAGUCAGACUUAAAGCCAGGUUAAAACUGAAAUUCUUGAGCUGUGAUUAUGAUUUAGUAUUUGUGUGGACAUGAAUGGCCAUUCUCCCAGAGCCAAAUAAAGCACCAGACAGAAUUAUAUAAAAGUAAUUAUAAUCAAGAAUUUAUUUAUAACUUUUCAUCUUUUUUAGAAAUAAAAAGGUUUAAAAAAAAGUUGUAAAAAUGAUAAAAUGUAAUUUUGUUAUAUCCUAA